UAUCCCUUCUAUCAUGAUAAAUGUGACCAUGGUGAUCUCGGAAGGAUCACGUUGCACGCAAGUAAUAUUAACAAAGAAAGAAAAAAAAUUAACAGUGAUCUGAUUGCUGUUACAUAUAUUUAUACAAGAUGAACAUGCGUAGGAGCGCACCUAACAUUUUAAUAUGUGGUACACCAGGCGUAGGCAAGAGCUUGAUGGCACAUCUGUUGGAGGAAGAAACUAAACUAAACUGGAUCGACGUCAGUAAAGUAGCUAUUGAGACUGGAUGUGUGAAGGAAUAUGACGAGGAGUUACAAUGCAGCGUAUUGGAUGAAGACGCGUUACUGAAACUUAUGGAGAAUUGGAUGAGAAAAGGAGGACAAAUCGUGGACUAUCACAGUGCCGACUUGUUCCCUGUAAGUUGGUUUGAUAUUGUGUUUGUGCUCAGAACAAACAAUACUAUUUUAUACGACCGUUUAAAAGAAAGAGGCUAUAACAAGAAGAAACUACAGAGCAAUGUAGAAGCUGAAAUUUUUGAAAUUGUUGUCCAAGAAGCAAAAGACUCGUUUGAGCCAGAAAUAGUGCAUGAAUUAACGAAUGAUACUCCAGAUGAGCUGAUAGUUAAUGUAGAUAGAAUAUGUCAGUGGAUAGAGCAAUGGAAAACAGAUAAUAAGUAAAAGUGAGAAAAUAUAUAUUAAGUAUUUCUUAUGUAGACUUAUUUUCUUAUUAUUAAUCAGAAUAAAGGAU